AUGGUGGCAUUGAUGUUUGUGCACAAUCUCUGGCAUUGUGACGGUGUGUCCGCUGGCUUUCGCCAUCGGAGUCGCAUCAUAUAUCUGCACUACGGUGUUAUCUCGUUCAUUCCGAAGCUGCUGCAUAUGCAAUAUGUGGUACACGAUGCAAGCUUUGCCCUGCCAUCUAUGGCGGUGGUAGGGGCCAGGGAGGCGUGCAUGUUGGUAGCGGGCCUGGUUGGCUGGUACUCCAUGGACCGAGUCACAGAGGCCAAUCUAUACAUCUUAGAAGAUCCCAAAGCCAGUGGAGGGCUCUUCAAGCUCUUGAGCUCCUUGAUACUGGGUUGCUACCUCUGUCCAGUGCUCUUCUUUGGGCAAGUCCAGCUGGUGGCAGAAGGCCUUGCAGUGAUCAUAAGCUGCUACUAUUUGCUCUGGUUGCCCUUGAUGGACAGCUCUACCGAUGCAACUUGCUACGUUCAUCACCUCUGGUGCCUCGUGGCCUUGGUUCGACUGGCCUGGGAGGGUGCAGAGCUCAACGGACCAAUGGGGUAUUACAUUGCGCUGUCUCUGGUGGAGGGCACGAUUCUGCGUGUGCUGCUGGGCUUCUUUCACACGAAGUGCUUACAGCCUUUGAAGGAGGUAGACGUUUGCAAACGGCAGCUUCACUUGAGAAGCAGGUGCCUGCACGGCUGA